ACUGGAUGUCUCCCGGUAGCCUCCCCCAGCAGGGCGGCGGAACCGGCAUAAAACAAUCACUGUAUGUUCGCCGUCUGAGCCGCUGAGCUGGGAAACACGAGACGAGUCGUGUAUUCAUGUUCCCGGGCGCGCCUGAAUAAAGCACGGAGGCGAAAGCGGUUCGUGUGGUUUGCGCACAGGAUCUUAGAGCGGAGAACAUGUGAGAGGGGAAUGGGAAACUGGAAACUGGAUUACAUUUUACAGAAAGACGCAGAAGGGGUUACGUUCAGGAUUUUGACAAGGCGCAGCGGCUCCGUUGAGUAGGGCAUCCCCUCGGCGGCCAGGGCGCGUUCAGCGGACACUGGGGGAAAGAAGGACUAAUAUACCAAAGAUGAACACAAUUGUGUUUAAUAAGUUAAGCAGCCAGGUUUUAUUCGAGGAGAAGGCGAAUGAGGUGGAAAGAAGCAGUCGAAAUUAUUUAGAGGUGAUAGAUGGACAGCAUCCGGACCUUCUCGCCAGCAGCCCAGUCAUCAAAGACAGCUCAGCCAUCCGGCACAGGAGACCCGGGUCUCGUCAGAACCCAGGAAAGGUACGGCACAAACGGCAAGCUCUGCAAGACAUGGCCAGGCCUUUGAAACAGUGGCUCUACAAACACCGGGACAAUCCGUACCCCACUAAAACAGAGAAAAUCCUUCUUGCACUUGGCUCACAAAUGACACUUGUGCAGGUGUCUAACUGGUUUGCCAAUGCUCGACGGCGGCUGAAGAACACAGUUCGGCAGCCUGAUCUGAGUUGGGCCCUUAGGAUCAAACUCUACAACAAAUACGUCCAGGGCAACGCGGAAAGACUUAGCGUCAGCAGCGAUGACUCCUGCUCUGAUGAUGGUGACCCAGCAGCACGGGCCCAGGUCGGGGAGUUCAGCAAGCCAAUGUACCAGAGCGUCAUCAAGAAGGAAGGUGGCGCUGUGGGUGCGGGUCUUCGAGCCGCUGCAGAUGCCUCAUUGGCUGAUGACUACGUGUCGCCACCUAAAUACAAGAGCAGUCUGUUGCACCGUUACCUUAACGACUCGCUCCGCCACGUAAUGGUGGCCAACGGUGUAAUGGACGCAAGGAGGAGGAACCACUCAGGCUCUUUCAGCUCUAAUGAGUAUGAUGAAGACCUGCUGUCACCGUCUUCUUCUGAGACAGAAGCCAACUUUAUCUACAGAACUGAGACUUUGGAGCACGGAUCAAAUAAAUCUGACAGAAGCAUGCAGAAGGAGAAGGGACAGAGGAAAGACGAGACAUACUGGAGGGAGAUCAACGCAGCCAUGGCCCUCACUAACCUGGCUCAACCCAAGGACACGGCCACCGCCGCCACCACCAGCUGCAUCAUCCAGAAAUCCUCACACAUAGCUGAAAUCAAGACUGUUAAAGUGCCUAUCCUGCACAAAUACUAAUGCGCAGAAGAUCCCGCUCUUCUCCUUUUGGAAUUCAGCUGUUUUGAAUAUUGUUUAUUACUUUGUGGUACUGAUAAUGAAAGAUUUUUUGGGGUUCCUUUGUUUUUAUUGUUAUUAUGAGUACGAUGAGGUGCCCUGAAAUGCAGCACUUGUUUAGUACACCGAUUUGUGCAUUUCAUUUGGUUUGCACAAGCUGUUUUUUUUUUUUUAAGUGUUGAUGAAUUCUCAGUAACGACAGUAUUUCUGAACGAGACACUUUUGCAAUGUUAACUUAUUUUGAUAGUAAUCAGAAGUUUGUAUUGUAUUGCGCCAAAGUGCCUUCAUGCAUCUCAAAGGAGAGAUUAGUGAGAAUGUACAGUUCCUGUCCUCUCUGAAUGAAAUAAAAGGGUUGAAACGA